GGGGUUUUGCUUAUGUCUACGAAGCUCAAGAUAUUGGAAGUGGCAAAGAUUAUGCUUUAAAGAGGUUGUUGUCUAAUGAAGAAGAGAAGACCAAAGCCAUCAUUCAGGAAGUUUGUUUUAUGAAAAAACUUUCAGGUCAUCCCAACAUUGUCCAGUUUUGUUCUGCAGCAUCUAUAGGAAAAGAAGAAUCAGACACAGGACAGGGAGAGUUUCUUCUGCUUACAGAGCUAUGUAAAGGACAAUUGGUGGAAUUCUUAAAGAAAGUAGAAUCCAAAAGCCCUAUCUCCUGUGACACAGUUUUGCAGAUCUUUUAUCAGACCUGUAGAGCAGUGCAGCAUAUGCAUAAGCAGAAGCCUCCCAUUAUCCAUAGAGAUUUAAAGGUGGAAAACUUGCUUAUUAGUAAACAAGGGAUGAUUAAACUUUGUGACUUCGGUAGUGCUACAACUGUAGCUUACUAUCCUGACUACAACUGGUCUGCACAGAAGAGGGCACUGGUUGAAGAAGAGAUCACAAGGAAUACGACGCCAAUGUACAGGUCACCAGAAAUGAUAGACUUGUAUUCAAAUUUUCCAAUUCGGGAAAAACAGGACAUUUGGGCUCUGGGCUGUAUCCUGUACUUGCUGUGCUUUAGGCAACAUCCAUUUGAAGAUGGAGCUAAACUUCGCAUAGUCAAUGGCAAAUAUGUGAUCCCGGAAAAUGACACACACUAUUCUGUGUUUCAUGAUCUCAUUCGCUCUACUUUGAAGGUGAACCCAGAGGAGAGACUGUCUAUCACUGAACUUGUGAACCAGCUGCAGGAGAUUGCAGCAGCUAGGAAUGUCAAUCCCAAAUCCCCCAUCACAGAGCUCCUGGAACAAAAUGGAGGCUAUGGGAACAGUGCUCAGCCUCGGACGCCUGUGACCUCUGUUUCACAGAGUGCCAAGCCUGCAGGAUCGCUCACAAGUAUGUACAAUGCAGGCCUGACCGUUGCAGAAUGCGACCAGACUUACGGAGGGCUCUUUGAUAUUCUGAGGGGUGGAACAGAGCGAUUUUUCACUAAUAUUAAGGAUACAUCUUCUAAAGUUAUCCAGUCUGUGGCCAAUUAUGCCAAAGGAGACUUGGAUAUAUCAUACAUCACUUCCAGAAUUGCUGUGAUGUCCUUUCCAGCUGAAGGUGUAGAAUCUGCCAUCAAAAAUAGUAUAGAAGAUGUGCGGAUAUGGUUGGACUCUAAACAUCCUGGCCACUAUGCUGUGUACAAUCUCUCACCAAGAACAUACAGGCCUUCAAGAUUCCAUGACAGGGUUUCCGAAUGUGGUUGGCCAGCAAGACGAGCACCGAAUCUUCAGAAUCUUUAUAGCAUAUGCAAGAACAUGCAUUUAUGGCUGAAACAAGACCAGAGAAAUGUUUGCGUUGUGCACUGCCUUGAUGGAAGAGCAGCAUCUGCUGUUGUGGUUUGUUCUUUUUUGUGUUUAUGUCGUCUAUUCACGACUGCUGAAGCUGCAGUUUAUAUGUUUAGUAUGAAACGCUGUCCUCCUGGCAUUUGGCCUUCUCAUAAAAGGUAUAUUGAAUACAUGUGCGACAUGGUGGCUGAAGAACCUGUUAUUCCUCACAGCAAGCCCAUCCUUGUCAGAUCAAUUGUCAUGACUCCUGUUCCACUUUUCAGUAAGCAGCGUAAUGGCUGCAGGCCUUUUUGUGAAGUGUAUGUGGGAGAUGAGAGAGUAACCACCACCUCCCAGGAAUAUGACAAAAUGAAGGAGUUUAAAAUUGAAGAUGGGAAAGCAGUGAUUCCACUAGGUAUAACAGUCCAAGGAGAUGUUCUCAUUGUGAUCUAUCAUGCCAGGUCAACUCUAGGAGGGCGACUGCAAGCCAAGAUGGCUUCAAUGAAGAUGUUUCAGAUUCAGUUCCACACAGGUUUUGUGCCCCGAAAUGCCACCACAGUAAAAUUUGCCAAGUAUGAUCUGGAUGCCUGUGACAUACAAGAAAAAUAUCCUGAUUUAUUUCAAGUCAAUCUGGAAGUAGAGGUGGAGCCCAGAGAUAGGCCUAGCAGUGAACAGCCACCGUGGGAUAACAUGAAUAUAAAGGGACUGAAUCCCAAGAUCCUUUUCUCCACCCGAGAGGAACAACAAGAAAUUUUAUCAAAAUUUGGGAAACCAGAGCUGCCAAGACAACCAGGUUCAACUGCACAAUAUGAAGCAGAAGCAGCCCAGAUGGAGCAGUCCUCAGAAAGUGCACCGACUGAUACAGAAUCCCCACACAGCAGUAGCGCUGAUCCAAAUAACUUCUUUCACACUCUGGACUGGAAAGAAGGAAUAUCUCCAGAAAGUGGAAUAGAGGACAGUUCAUCUAAAAAUGAUCGUGUUCAACUAACUGAUGACAGAGAGGAGAGUGAUCCUUCAUAUGAGGAGUUUCCUCCAUUUGCAAGUGGAGAAGACACAGUAAUUUGUGGUGAAAAAGACUCUACUCUAGAAGAAGAAUUGCUUUUUGAAGCUCCAUCUAUACCGUUACAAAAGUCUCUUCCUGAAGAGACUGUAGACUUGCUGGGGCUAGACUCUGAUAUUUCACCAGAACAGAAGCAACCUGUCUCAGAGAUAAGCUCUUCAUCUAGUAAUGCAGACUUGUUGAACAGCCUGUUUGUGAGUAGUGCAAUUUCAGAAGAGACCAGUGUAGAUUUUCUUGGACAAGGAAUGAAUUUCUUCUUGGACAGUCAGUGUCCAAAUCCUACUCAGGGUACAUCUUCAUCAGCAGCCAUGUCUACAGCUGAUCCUUUUGACCCAUUCACAGUGUCAUCAAGUGCAAGCAAUCAAGCCAUGUCUAGUGCAGACCUCUUUGUGGACUUCCUUCCACCCGCAACAUCUACACCUAUUGUAGCUGCUUCCACAAACAGUUCACUUCCGCCUUCUUCAAGCUCAGAUUGCUUCAAUUUAGGUAAGUGUGCUCCUGAACCACCUAAAAUGCCAUCUUCUACAAGCCACCCAGAUCUCUUAAGUGGAUGGGAUUCUUGGGAAGAUUCCUCAAUGACCAGCAAUAUAGCCUCACCACAGCUGAAGCCUCUUUGUGAAGGUCAAGCUUUUACCACAGGGAGCCAGUCCAGUGUGUCUUCAGGUCUGUCUUUCAGCCAGGCUACAUCUCAGAACUUUGAUCCUUUUGCUGAUCUUGCCAGUCUUGGAUCUGGUCUUCCAGGUUCCUCCAGUGGUGGACUCUUGGGUAGUGGAUUUAGUCAGAAGCCUGCUCCAUCUCAGAAGGUGGGAAAUCAGUGGCAGAAAGCUCCAAAACCACAAAGUACUUCAUGGCAGCCCCAGACUAAAUCCAGCACAGCAGCUAAGCCCAACUACACAGUACACAUGAGUGUUAUUGGAGGACGAGAAGAAAGAGGAGUCAGAACCCCAAGCUUUGGUCAAAAGCCAAAAGUUUCGGAAAAUGACUUCGAAGACCUCUUACCUAAGCAAGGGUUUUCAGCAAAAUCUGAUAAAAAGGGACCAAAGACCAUUGCUGAGAUGAGAAAACAAGAAAUGUCUAAAGAUAUGGACCCCUUGAAACUCAAG